AUGACUGAAAAGCCUUUUAUAGAAGAUUAUGAAGGUGAUGCUGGAGAAUAUUUAGCUUUGUAAAGCAAAGUUUAUAUUAAACUCAAUUAAAAAUAUGAGAAAAUGAUAGGCUAAUUGAUUGAAAUGUAUUCUAGCUUUGUUAGAAAGGGUAUCGGCAUGAAAAGCAUAGGUUUUUAAAAAUAGGAAUAAAUAUUCAAUGAAUAUGAUGAAGAGGAAUUUAAGAAAUAACCUGAUUUAUUAAUCGAUGGAAUAUCUCAACUCAUGAAUUCUCUAUUUUAAGUAACAAAUGAGACACUUAAUAAAUUAAAUAGUAGAGAUGAUGCAUUACAAGGAGCGUACGAUGAAGUGCUUUUAAGAUUAGAAAAAGAACUUAGAUAGAGUAUGAAGAAUGAAGAAAAGCUUAAAAUUCAUUUAGAAUGCUUAACUGUAAAGUAAGAGAGCUUAAGGAAAUAGGUUUUUAGAGCAGAAGAAAUAUCAGAUAAACUUAGAUAGGAAGUAGCUUCAACUAAAAAGGAAUAUUAAAAUAAAUUUAGAUAAAUGGAAACAGAAAUUAUACAUCUUAAAAAAGAAAAAGAGAGUGCAAAAAGUAUGUAAAGAAAGUUUGAAGCAAGUAGAUCUAUUUUUGCAGAGCGUCCACAUACAUCUAAUUAGGGCAAUAUGGAUGAUUUUAACAAUAAUGAGUUUGUAAGUUCAUAAAAAGUAAAAAUAGCUGAUAGUAAAGGAACUUCUAAUUAGUUUGAUUUUAAUUAGUUACAUUUAAAUAACUAUACAUCUAUGCCUUCUACUUUGCAAAAAACAUAAGGAGUUACUAGUUCAUUAGAUCCUGAGAGAUUUAUUAUGCUAAAAAAAUCUCUAAUUCGUUAACCUGAUGAGGCAAGUAAUAUGGAGAAAAAAAAAUUAUCUCACUAAGUUAUGUAGGCUAACAGAUCAAAAGAGGUGGAAGCAUAAAAAUAUUAAUAUGAAAUAAAUAGACUUAAAAUCUAAAUUGAAUAAAAAGAACUUGAAAAUAAAAAAAUAAAGAAAAGUUUGGAUGAGUUACAUAAUGAGCUAAAGAAAUUAAAAGAUGAAAUAAUGGCAGAAAAUAUGAAGAAGUGGGCUGUAGAAGUUAGUAGUGAAAAGAAUCCUCAUCUUGUUGGGUAUUAUAAAGACAAAUUAGAUUUAAAAGAAAAAGAGGUUAAAACUCUUAAGAAAUCAUAAAAGAAAUUUGCAAUUUUAGAAAAGAAAUUGCUUGUAAAAGAAAAAGCAUUUGAAUAUGAACGUGCAGAUUAUCAUGAAAAAUUGCUUUAUUUAGAUGAUAGGGUUAAAAAAAUUAGUAAACUAUAUUCAGAAGCAUCAUAAAUUUUAAAGUAGCCUAAAUACGGUUACACUCCUGUAUAUUUAUAAGAGAAUAAUGAGUGA